CUUCCUGUUGUUAAGUGCGACUUUGUUUCAUUGGUCAGCUAACGAAUGUAAUCCCAAAAAAAAAAGGUUACUAUAAACAAAACAAUAAAAACGGAAACACCUGCUUCUAUAACGACAUUUCUACCUCGACAAUGGUGGUUCGGUUCCUCCUACUAGCAUUCUUGGUCUUUGGGUUCGGUUUAACUAGACGGGUCAACUCGCACGAGGAAUCGGGAGAAUGGAGUUGUGUGUCAAACUCGAAGGAGAUGCACAUCCAGGCGGAUUUCAAACCCGGAAUCAUCACCCUCGACGGCUGCGCCGAUGAUUGGGAAGACAUUGAUGGGUCCGAAUUCUCCCUCCGCCCGGCCCUUGAUCCAGAUGAGAACCAUGAGUACAAAGAUGGGAAAAUGACAGUGAAGGCUUUACAUGAUGGAAACAGUGUCUUCUUCUUGCUCCAAGUUGAUGGGAACUAUGUCUACUCCAAAGGGGACAUCAAAAAAAGCCCAUCGGUGGCUCUCAUGUUCCAAAUCGGCGACAAUGCUACCUAUCAUAAUAUGGGCGGUUGUAAAGAACAAAAGGGGUCUUGUACCAACAAGACUUGCAAAGGCCAUGAAGUCGACCUUAUGCAUUUCGUUAUCGGAAACGCUAUACCGGGAAGGCUUUACGGUGGAGGUGAUAGUAGCUUUGGUCCUUUGGUUGAUGCAUAUGCUUGGAACCCACACUGUAGAUACCUUAAUGGAAUGGGUCCUUCUGGAAAUCAUUCUAGUGGACAGAAUAACUGGAAAGGAGCAUGGUGGCACAGUAGCUUUGCAGAUAAUUCAGGUUUUGUGGAGGAAGACAGUCCUUAUUCCAAAGGAGGUGAGAAGGGAACAUAUUAUUUCGAAUUCGCUAGGCCUUUGAGGACCAUGGAUCGUUUACAACAGGAUGUUCAGUUCACAAUUGAUUGGUCGAGCAAGAUGUCUGUUGCAUUCUGGUAUCCAGUCGAUGGGAAACAAUGGGUCGGGUCUGGACAUUAUACCAUCAAUUGCGAUUGGGCGUCAUUGGAUAUUGCAUUUGGUUCUAUCCUAACCGAUGCAUCAAGAAGUGGCUGGGACAUGGCCAGUGCCUUCGCCCUUUUGUUCUCAGUAGCAGCUCUUUGUAUAGCCAUAUUUGUUUCAUAUCACGUUUCUAGACCCAACACUGUCAAAUUUGCACCAGUAGAAAAUCUUUAGAUAGUAAUAAAAAGGUCUGCCAUAGUAAUAAAAAUGUCUGCUUGAGUACUUCGAACAA